CGUGGCGCGUUUCGGAUCUUGCUUGCAAAGGCUUGUUAUUUCUACAUCCGGUUUCCGGGGUUGCUGGUGUGAGAGUCGGUGUGAAGUGCGCUUCCGGGUGGAUUAUCCGGCUGGAAAAACAGCUGGAUAUGUUAUUAUAGUAGCUGAUGUUACAUGCCAUUGGAGGAUUACGAACGGUUUGAGUGGCUGGAAAAAUAUAGACAUCAUCGACAAGAUCUGACGUUUGGGGAAAUCGAUAGCACAAUUUGCUGCAAUCAUGAUUCCGGCCGACCGUUUUAUCUCUGAAAUCCCCGAAUCUAUGAAUCGAUACGGCACCGGAACCGGAAUACAUUCGGAGAAGUAGGAGAAAACACAACAGGAAAGAGCACCCUCAUCAUCAUCUGGGAAAAGAAAUGAAAGUGUUCGACAUUGCCAGUGGCAAGCCGCCAAUGGCUCAGGCCAGCGGCGACUUCUCGAUGCCUCCGGGGCUGCUGGAAUCGGUCAAUGUACGGGUGGAUCCUCCCCUGGAACUGCAACAGCAUCAUCGAAGCUCGAACGGAGACGAUAGCGGUCGAUCCGUUAAGCCAUCCUCCCCAACGACGAUAAUCUCCCGGGGGAUGUCGUCGUCCAUCGGAUGUGGGCGGGAUAUUAUCUCGCGCCGUUCGUCUCCAUCGAUUGCCAAUUCCAUCUCCCGGCCGUCGAACAAUUCGGAUGUGGUGGCUCCAGAGAGAACACAAAAGGUGACCCUGUAUGGGUGCUUCAAGUUCAACCCGAAUUCAAGGAAAGGCCGCCGGUUGUUUAUGUGUCACAUGCUGGCCGUGGUGCUGAUACCGAUUUUGGCUGUGGUGCUGCAAAAUGUCAUCAUCCUGCAGCAACAGAUGGUCAAGUACGAAACCACCAAGCGGGUCGAUGAAGAGAUCCGCAUGACCAUCAACAUCACCAGCAUGAUCCGGGCGGUUCAAACAGAGCGCAAGCUACUGACGUACUACGCUCUAACACGGAAAAAUCACUCCAACGUGCUGGCGGCCAUGGACGAGACGGACCGAACGCUGACCCGAUUGCUAGGCCGCCGCCAGGAGUGGAACAUCGAGUUCGACGGCACCCUCAAUCAGACCAUUGCCGGCGACCUAAGGAGCUCUAUGUCUGUCAUUUUAAGCGAAACGAGGAACUUAAUGCUCAGUUCGCCAUCCCCUGUGGAAAAUAUAAGCGUUUCCAUAGGGCCGUACUUUGAGCCCUACAAUAAUCUCAACAGACAUCUGAUCAAUCAAAUCAGUCAGAGUGUUGGAUUUUCCAUCAGUGGUGUCGUUUGGCGUCAAUUGGUGGUCUAUAAAAACGCCAUCGAAUCGGUUGAAAACAUUAACAUCGCCUCCAUCCUGGUGCUUCAGUUCAUCAAACGGGGUCGAUUGAGCUUGGACGAUUUCUCUCAGUUCGUGCGGCGCGAUACGGCUGCCAUGGACCAUCUGCGUUCGGCGGAAAAUUUCAUGACCAACAUUAUGAUCUCGAAGAGCUCCGAAUUUCUGGUGCUGAAGAAGUGGCGCCAGCGGGUGCUAGUAAACUCGUCGAUCGACGAGCAAGAGGAUGCUCUCGUUGAGUACUACCGGGCCGUGAAUACGUUCAUCGAGGAUAUGAACGAACUACAGGCUGCCACCCAGUCGGCAAUCAUCGACACAGUGGACGGGGAAAUGCGAUCGGCGAAGCUGUUGCAGACGGUUUCCAUUGGUUUGGUACUCUUGAUACUGGCCAUCAGUCCAUUGCUAGUGCUGAUGAUUAAGAGUUCGACGAACACUAUUCAGGACUUUUCCAAGCUGUUGGUGAGUAGAACGUUGGAGCUGCGUUGUGAGAAGGGUAAAGCCGAUAGGUUGCUGUACCAGAUGCUCCCGCCGAUAGUUGUUCGACACCUGAAGCAGCAGCGCCAAGUACCAGCCGAGACGUUCGAUUCGGUGACAAUCUUCUUCAGCGAUAUAGUGGGCUUUACGAACAUUUCAGCCGUCAGCAGUGCAAUGGAGGUGGUCACCAUGUUGAACACGCUGUAUCGGUUGUUCGACUCGAUCAUUCUCAAGUACGAUGUUUACAAGGUGGAGACGAUCGGCGAUGCGUACAUGGUAGUUUCGGGUCUUCCUCAACGGAACGGUGACAAACAUGCCGGUGAAAUUGGCAUGAUGUCCCUGGAUCUACUGUGUGGAGUUUCCGGUUUUAUCAUACCGCACAUGCGGAACCACACACUCGAAAUACGAAUCGGUAUCAAUAGUGGUCCCUGCGUAGCUGGAGUCGUCGGAACGACUAUGCCUCGUUAUUGCCUGUUUGGGGAUACCAUCAAUACGGCCUCUCGGAUGGAGUCUACCGGGGAACCCAUGAAAAUUCACGUAUCGGAAAACACCAAAGCAAUUCUGGACAAAAUCGGAGGGUUCAAGAUCAAGCUUCGGGGAACGAUCGAAGUCAAGGGCAAAGGAACGAUGGAUACGUUCUGGCUGCAGGGGCAUACGAUUUACGAACAUCUUUCGCCGGACACUGUGAUGCCAAUCUACAAACCGUACGUUGUCACGGAACCGGAGUUUAUGCAAAUUAUUGGUUAGGACAGGAACUAGAUAAUUAUUUUCAACUGUUUAGCUCCCUCCAUAAUGAUCCAAUGUUGUUGUGAAUCCACUUUGGGUUGCUCAUAUUGGCUUAGCUAAAAAUAGAUUUUUUUUAGAACGCGCACAUGAUACAGUUGGCAGCUGAGCGAGUACGAAAAGCGGUGGUCUAAGUCAUUUUGUACCUGAGCAAGUUGAUGUAAAUUUUUAAGAUACAAAACAAACAGACUCGAGAAGUUUAUCAUCCUUAACAUUUUGUACAUUUUGCUCUUGUAGAAGCAUGCUCAUAGAAACAAAUCAAUGGUGAAAUCUAGACAUUAAAUAAAGCGGUAAAUAUUGUUGUUGAAAUGAUAGAAAAAAAAUUAAAUUUUAUAAAGGUUAAAAAAAAAACAUCUGAAAAGGACGUUUUCUCAGUCGUCAAUUAGCUUUUCUUCUUAGCCAAAGAUAGUUUUAUCGUUUUAUGCAAUAAAUUUGAACAGAAAUAGCGCAGUGAAGAAUCGGCUGCACUUUCAUUUUUCCUCUAUUUCUUUAUUGUUAGUUAUUUGAAUUAAUAACCGAAUCAUUCAAAUGAAUACAUGGAAUUUAAAAUAACAUUGUCUUAACAAGCAGAAGUAGGGAAAAUAGAUGUAGCUAAAAGCACUAAAAGUGGUUAAAAUACCAAAACCGAGCAAAUCCGUUGUUUUAAAAAAAAACCAAUUGAUUACGAACACAACAAUUCCUAUUAAGAAUGUAGAAUCGGGGAAUGAAUAUGAAAAUGAGACUUAUUCAACCAACAAAGAACCAAGAAAUCGUCCUUCGCCAAAGUGUUGUAUGCUUCGGGUCCAAACGCAUGGGAUUUUUUUUAUGAUUGAGAUGGUGCGAUAAGGAAAGUUGUGUGAAUUAGCUUAAAUAAUCAUGUCGAAAUUGAAGAUCCCUGUAUGGCAAGUGUGUAGUUGUACAGCCGAAUAA